AAGCCCUUGCCUCUUCACAGUCCUUCAUCAGCUUCAUCGCUUGUCUUCUACUCAUUCAAGGUACUGACUCAACUCCAUCACUCAACACCAUGGCCAACUGUGGACCUGCCUCUGCUGUCCCAUCUUGUGAAGCCACUCCAUCCGUUGCCUUUGGAUCCGGAGGCUCCCGAGGAUUUGGAAGAAGCUAUGGUCUUGGCUCUACCUUCGGCUUCGGCAAUGGAAUCGGCUCUGGUUAUGGCUUUGGGGGCAACAUUGCAGAUGCCGCCAGUUUGGGAGUCCUCUCCGGAGUGCAGCCAUCUUGCAUCAACCAGCUCCCCGCAUCAGAAGUUGUCAUCAACCCACCCCCAUUUGUGCUCACCGUCCCAGGCCCCAUCCUCGUUGCCACCCCUGACCCUAUUCAAGUUGGAGGAUAUGCCCCCUGUGCUGUUGGUGGCGUCGGCAUCAGUGGGUUUGGUAAUGGAUUAGGUAGUGGAUUUGGCAGUGGAUUAGGUAGUGGAUACCAAGGUGGGCAUUUGGGUGGGUUUCUUGGGAGCCAUUCCGGAUUACAGGGAAGAAGAGGCAACAUCUGUGCCCCCUGCGUGUAAAUUCUCAUGGACUUUUGGCCCAGAAAACGUAACAACGGAUCAGGCCUUCUUUGGUUUAGCUGUGUCGCGCACCUACUUUCUGGAUGAAGUCCAUGGGAGCCGGGACAGUGUUUGGCAUCUAUGAGAAUGAGGCCCACCUAUCUUUUCACCCUUCUGCUUUCAGUCUAUAAGUUCCUACUGUUUAUUUACUUGCCACUCCUCGGCUAAACAAAACAAAAAGCAUAGCAUCCUUGAAUCUAUCCUGUGAAUGUAUCUCCCUAUGUUCAAUGAGUAAAUUGGAGACAAUGUCAUAACUGUAACCAUGUGGUGGAAAAGCUGUUUAUUCACCCACGUUCUUUGUGAUUUGUUUUCAUCCCAAAUUGGACUACUUUCAGUCUUUAAUAAAACUGAUUCUGCAUGAUAAAA